UUUUCGGGUGGCAACAAAGCCAGGAGGGGAAGACUGUGGUGACCGGAAUAAACUCUAAGUCUGAGCUGGAUUCAGGUCCUGGGGAAAGUACAGAAGCCCACACAAGCUUGAGCCACCAAAUAUGCAGAAAGUAGUCACCCUGCUGCUGCUGCUGGAGGCCAUGGCAGGAGGAAAGGCACUACACCUCGUCCACUUACCUGCCGCCAGCAGUGUGGCAGAGAAUUCUCCCCCUGGGACUUUGAUGCACAAGUUUUCUGUGAAUUUAUCCACGUCGCUGUCACCCGUGGCCCCAGGAUUUCCCCUGAUAAUCAACUCAAAUCCCCUCAUUGAAGCCUUCAGGGUGAACAGGCUGUCAGGCACUAACUUUGAGGUUGUCACCUUUGGGAAGCAACGACUGGAUUUUGAAACGGGACCAAACGCAUUUGAUUUGCAGAUUUAUGUUAAAGAUGAGGUUGGGGUCACUGACCUGCAGGUCCUGACUGUCCAGGUGACAGAUGUGAAUGAGCCACCGGAGUUUCAAGGCAGCUUGGCAGAGGGUUUAGACCUCUUCGUAACAGAAAGAGCAAACCCAGGAUUCAUUUACCAGGUUGAGGCCUUUGAUCCGGAGGACACGAGACGACACACGCCCCUCAGUUAUUUCCUGACUUCUCCUUCAAGGAGCUUCAGCAUGUCUGCUAAUGGCACCCUCUUCUCCACGACGGAACUGGAUUUUGAAGCAGGACACAAGAGUUUCUGCCUCACUGUGGAAGUGAGGGACAGUGGAGGCCUCAAAGCCUCCACAGCGCUCCGGGUGUCCAUUGUGAAUGUCAAUGACGAGAUCCCGUUCUUUACCAGCCCGACGCGCGUGUACUCCAUCCCGGAGGAGCUCCGCGCGGGAACCAUCGUGGCCAAUGUCACAGCUGAGGACCCUGACCAUGACGGAAGCUCCCCCGGACACCUCCUGUAUACCAUCACAACAGUCAGCAAGUACUUUGUGAUAAACCAGUUGACUGGUACAAUCCAAGUGGCCCAGAGGAUAGACCGAGAUGCAGGUGAAUUAAGACAGAAUCCCACCAUUUCCCUGGAAGUUCUGGUGAGGGACAGACCCUCCGGGGGCCAGGAAAACCGCAUCCAGAUAACCUUCAUUGUGGAAGAUGUCAAUGACAACCCAGCUACCUGCAAUAAGCUCACCUUCAGCAUUAUGGUGCCAGAAACAGCGGCCAACGGGACGUUGCUCCUGGACCUGAACAAGUUCUGCUUUGAUAGUGACAGCGAAGCCCCAAACAAUGCGUUCAACUUCACCACGCCAUCUGGAAUGGGGAGCAGCCGCAGAUUUUUACAGAACCCAGCUGGCUCUGGGAAAAUCGUGUUGAUUGGUGAUCUAGACUAUGAGAAUCCAAGCAAUCUCGCUGCCGGCAAUCGGUACACUGUGAUAAUCCAGGUGCAGGACGUUGCCCCUCCUUAUUACAAAAAUAACAUCUACAUUUCUAUCUUAACAAGCCCAGAAAAUGAGUUUCCUCUCGUCUUUGAGAGGGCAUCCUAUGUGUUUGCUGUGUCAGAGCUAAGACCCGCUCGAACCCAGAUUGGACAGGUGCGAGCAACAGAUGAAGACUUCCCCCAGAGCAGCGUCACGUACUCCAUCUCCAGUGGAGGAGCCAGCCUCCAGCACCCCAACAUAUUCUGGAUUAAUCCCAAGAUGGGAGGACUCCAGCUAGUAACUAAGGCGGACUAUGAAACCACCCCCAGCUACACGCUCAGAAUUCAGGCCACCAAUGGCAAGGACACGAGCUCAGUCACUGUUACCGUGAACAUCCUUGGAGAAAAUGAUGAAAAGCCAGUGUGCACCCCCAACUCUUACUUCCUGGCCAUCCCAGUGGAUCUGAAAGUUGGCACAAAUAUUCAGAAUUUCAAGCUCACGUGCACUGACCCUGACUCCAGCCCCAGAUCUUUUCGUUACACCAUUGGCCCAGGCAACAUCAACAGUCACUUUACCUUCUCUCCCAGUGCUGGCUCCAAUGUUACACACCUGCUGCUUGCGUCCCACUUUGACUAUGCUGGUGGCCUGGACAAGAUCUGGGACUACAAACUACUUGUCUACAUAACUGAUGACAACCUGCUGUCCAGCAGGACAAAAGCUGGGGCUCUUGUUGAAACAGGAACGGUGACCCUGAAUGUUAAGGUCAUUCCCCACCCAACUACCAUCAGCACCACAACUCCCAGGCCCAGGAUCACCUACCAGGUCCUCAGGGAGAACACGUACUCUCCGUCCGCGUGGUACGUGCCUUUCGUCGUCACUCUGGGCUCCAUAUUGCUCCUGGGCUUCCUGGUGUCUCUGCUCAUCCUGUUGGCCAAAGCCAUCUCCAGACACUGCCCCUGCAAGACUGGGAAGGACAAGAGAGCUCUGGCAAAGAAAGGAGGUACCGACGUGAAGCACGUGAAGACAGCAGUUGUGGAAACUAUCCAGAUGAACACUGUCUUUGAUGGAGAAGCUGUGGACCCAGUGACUGGGGAAAUAUAUGAAUUCAACACAAAAACUGGAGCCAGAAAGUGGAAAGAUCCACCAGCCCAGAGGCCUGCAAGGAGACAGCCCAGCGCCCAGGGAACCGUGGCUGUGUCACACAGAGCCGGGGCUGGUGAAGGGUCAGGGCUGCCUGGCAGCACCAGCCAGGAAGGAGAGGGGCCAAGAAGCACAGAGCGUGCCCAGGGUGCCGGCCUGGGUGCCAGAAGCAGGGAUGGCAAGCCGUACACCACGGCACCCUCCAAGCCGCACUCAGCCAAAUGAACUGUGGAGUGCCAGGCCCAGCUCCAAUGGCGGGGGUCCCUGCCGUUGUACCCUAAAUCUCACAGGUACAGAGAUGUGGGCUGAAGGCAUUCAGCCAUCCAGGGUGAAUGGGAGGUUUCAGAAAAUUUUUUUAAAAACAGAAAGGGGUUUGAUCCCAUAGUUGCUGCUUUCUGCAAUGGCGCGGGAGAAACGUAUCUUGCGGCUCAGAACUCCUGUGCUUCUGAUCCCCUGGCAUGGCUGGCUUUUGGACAAGAAUCCCUCGUUUCUUCUUUGCAUCAGCCACCAGGAAGCUCUCUUCAGUUUAACACAAGACUUUCUGAUGCUCAUACCUGUUUCAUGCAGGAUUCCUGUCCUGACCUGAGCAUCCCCCAGCCUCACUUAUAAAUACCUCUGCGAGUCACCUCAGGUCUUUCUCAAAAGCAGAGCAUGAAAAAAAUGGACGAAUAACUAGUGAGCUGCUCAUCUGGGAAUCAGAAGGCACAAUAGACACCUUCUUUUAUUCUUCUCUUAUUGAGGUAAAACUAUCGUUGGCUAAAACGCACAGAGCUAAGGUACUUAACCUAUGUAGACAUCUCCCUGAGAUAAGCACCAUUCUGAUCUUCAUCAUCACAGGUUAGUUUUGUCAUUCUUGGAUUUCACAUAAAUGGAUCCAUGCGGUGCACGCUUCU